ACACUUACACAUGGAAACCUCCCACACACACACUUACACACAGAAACCUGCCUCACACACCCCCAGCAGUCCAUAAAUACUCCGGAGCGCCGAGCUGCUGUUCUGCUGGGUGUCCGGGGCUCCAGGGGGACAUGGAGAAGGUACAGAGACUGUUCCAGGUACAGAACCAGCUGCUCCGGCAGUGCCUGGCCGAGCUGCUGGGGACCUACGUCAUGAUGAUGUUUGGCUGCGGUGCAGUCGCCCAGGUGACGACGAGUGGUGAGAAAAAGGGUGAUUUCCUGUCCAUCAACCUGGCUUUUGCCCUCGGUGUCACCUUUGCUGUACACGUCUCUGGAGGAGUGUCAGGAGCCCAUCUGAAUCCUGCGGUGUCCCUGAGUCUUUGUGUUCUGGGCAGGCACCAGUGGAGACGCCUUCCACUGUACAUCCUCUCCCAGGUGACGGGGGCCUUCCUUGCCGCGGCAACCAUCUAUGUGGUCUACUACGAGGCCAUCAUGGAGUACUGCGGAGGGAAUCUCACAGCGACUGGCCCAAACGCCACUGCUGGCAUUUUCGCCACCUACCCCUCGUCCUACCUCACCCUCUGGAACGGGUUUGUGGACCAGGUCAUAGGCACUGGGAUGCUGUUGCUGUGUGUUCUGGCUCUGGGUGAUGUCAAUAACAGCCCAGCCCCCCCGGGUCUGGAGCCGGUGUUGGUGGGAUUGGUAGUUCUGGCGAUCGGCAUCUCCUUUGGGAGUAAUUGUGGGUACCCCCUGAACCCCGCCCGUGACCUGGGGCCCCGACUUUUCACCUACAUUGCUGGCUGGGGGAGCGAAGUCUUCACGGCUGGGGGAGGCUGGUGGUGGGUGCCUCUGCUGGGCCCCCUGGUGGGCGCGCUGACAGGCACGGCACUGUACCAGCUGCUCAUCGAGCUCCACCACCCCGGGCCGGGGCUCGGCUCGGGCGACACCGCCAGCGGGCAGGCCCCUCCCCCGGAGGAGGCAGAGCUGGGGCUGCCGGGCGAGAAGGGGGACGAGAGGCAGGACGAGGGCGAGGCCUGCGUCACCCACCGCCUCUGAGCUCCCCUGGGGGAUCAGCGGGGCUGCAAGCAGGGGCCCAACGGGAAACACCUGCCACAGGGAAGAGCUCUAUUCAUCAGCAGGGCGCACCGCCUCUGACCGGGGCCAGACGGCCAACAGCAGCGCAGGACCGCUCCUCUUCCUCUUGAGCCAUCAGGAGGUGUCCCUGCCUUGGCGGUACUCUUGCUCUCCCCUGGCUCUGAUAUCGACUGCGAUUCCUGCCCGAGAUCCCCAGAUCCCGAGAUCAGUGGAGCCGUGGAUCCACCAGCACGGAUCUAAAACUGCGUAGGGUCGGAGUCUGAACAGAGGAGCAGGUCGGCCAAUCCCAGGCGCCUCCUGAAGCCCAGCUGUGCCCAGUCGCGCAGAGACACUGGUUUCCUAGUGCAUCAUGGGAUACGGGGGGGGCACGACUUGUCCUGUAAUCUGGCACCUCCCACAGCGCCUAGGCAGGCCGCAGCCUUUCAGAUUCUGUUCACAUCGCCUGAAGAUGGAGCACAUCAGUGCCACAUCAGCGGCUGCGACGUUUUAUUUUUUGUUUUUGUUCAUUUUGAAUAAUUCUGCAUCUUGCCUCCAGUGAUUCUCCUCUUUAGUUACACCCCCGCGCCGUGUGGUCUCGCAGGCCCACGCCGGCUCAGCCCUGCGCGACUCGACUCUGCAGGCGCGGCGCGGUGGGCCCGAGUCCGCUCCGUGUUCCGGCGAGCGGGGACCCGCCGUACCGAGGCUCGCCGCUAGAGGGCGCCAGCGCGCCAAGGAAACCCGGGUUGGGGGGGGGGUUUACAGCCCCCGGUAUCCGACUCGGCGUAGAAAAUGCGUUUCAACACUGGACUGAGGAUGGAGGACAGCAAUCAGCAGCCAGCCGGUCACAGAAGGGCGCGCUGAUUUAAUAAAAAGUCUUUCAUGGCUUUAGCUGUCUGCAUCUGACUACGCUGCCACAGGUAAAACUGCAGAUGCUGCGUGCACACUGUUCUACAGUAUUUUAUUAGACGUCUGAGACACUAUUCUACAGUAUUUUAUUAGACGUCUGAGUUUUAUAGAAAAGCUAUUUCCACGUGAUAUGUGGUGAAUACCUUCGUCUCGUGACCUUAUCCCGGAACUCAUUAAUUUACAAAUAAUCUGAUAUCCAAAUAUCAAUAGAUAUGUUAUAUACCUCAAUACUGGGCCCCUUGCUCUUCAGCUUUUACAUGUUUCCACUUGGUCAGCUUUUAAGAUCACAUGG